AUGUCAAUUAAUUCUUCUCUCGACCCCCGCUCUGAUAACAACUACUCUUCUCGCACCCCCGUGAUUAUCAUUGGCGCGAUAGCUGGCAGCCUCAUCUUCCUAGCAAUGACUGGAAGCUUACUAUAUCUCUUCUCGCGAAAAGAACGGGCCAGAAGAAGAAACGCCCAACAACCCGAGGAUUUUUCUCCUCUUGAACCUCCGCCAGCCUAUAAAACGGACGAACUAGGCACACCCAGAGGUCUCCACUCUCAACCCCGGCCCUUGUCCACCUUCGCGCCGGACUACAGUCGCCAGGCCCAGUACGCGCAACAGUACCAACAGCAACUGUCUCGGCCUUCAUAUGAUCAACCUCCAGUAUACCCCACACUGCCAACAUAUGAUCCGUCACGAUAUCAACCUAUUCGGCCAACGUCCAUGGUGGGCGAUAUUAACGCCCACACCUAUACCUAUAACCCCACCAAUCAUGCCAAUCCACACCCCGGUCCCUCUUCCCGCCUGAGUGCAGUUCACUACGGUGACGCCAGGCUAGCAACCUCCCGUCCGGUUUCAAUGGCGGACUAUGGGCCUCCAAUUGGUCCUGUAGCUGUUCCAAAUAGGUCGAGGCAGCAGGCAGCUAUGCCACCUCCACCGGAGCCGAACAGACAGGAACGCAGGGACGGGAGGGAGAGGAGUGCAUCUGAGCCAAUGCCGUCGGGCCAGACUAUCCCAAAACAACCUAAACCCGUUUUGUCGCGGCUGAUCACCAAUUUCCGUUGA